AUGCUUCAAGCGGAUGGACGACUGUGGCAUGAAGAGUGCCUCAAGUGCGCUUUGUGCCAUUGUCGACUAGGUGAGAUGGGUUCGAAGCUGUACAUCAAACAGGAUCUAAUGAUGUGUGAGAAUGAUUACCGUCGUUUGUAUGGAUACCGUGGAAUGUGCACUGGAUGCCGGCAAGUCAUUCCACCUUAUGACAUGGUCAUGCGUGCUAAGAACAAUCUGUAUCACCUCAAAUGUUUCCGUUGCAGCGUAUGUUCCGAAAGUUUUGUUGUUGGAGAACGGUUUCGACUUCACGACAAUCAAAUCCUUUGCGAAAGUGACUGGAGGGAAUUGAGGUUGUUCUCGCAAGCAGCGUACAACGAUCGCAGUCUCAAUCAGAUCGCCCGUAAUCUUCGCGACAUGCCUGACUUUCAACCGAACGAGGAGGAAGAGUCAAAUUGUUCGACCCGAGAGUGCUAA